UCUGUCCGUCUGCCCGGUUCUCGCGUCUCUUUCUCCGUCUCUUGUGCGCGCAUCAUUAUUAUUAUCACUAUCGUCAUUAUCAUCUUCAUCAUCUUCUUUUUUUCUUCUUCGUCUUCGUCUUCAAGUGUAGCGUCGCGGAUUCCCGCUGUUCCGCUCCUCUCGCGGGAGGUCAGCACCUUAGCAUCGGUAGGUAGAAGUCGAGAUGUUGUGAUGGCUGGUAGGUCACGACGUUCGAGCACAGAGCUCGAACCAGAUCUAUCGACGCCAACUGCUUCGAAGAGGCCAAAGCGAUCUGAAACUUCAUCCGACGAAUCGUCUGGAAAGGAGCUAACGGAAGUGAAAAGUACCGAAACACUGAUCACGAGUGAGGUAUCUUUACAAGCAGAGGUCGUGCUUGUUCCGGAAGGGGACAAACAGCUUUCAGUUACAGAACAAGCAGGAACAUCGAAGCAAUCAGGCUUGAUUAGUGAAACCCCCAGAUCCCCAGAAUCGAUCAAGGAAUCGUCCCAAGAGGAUCCGGAGCUCGUCUCAACAAAAGUGACCCCGGGCACUUCGAAAGAAGAGGAACUUGGCACGCUGAAAUAUAUUGUAAUGAAGUACAGCGAUCCAAGCGAAUUGUCUGGUCCUUCCGGAAAAAGACCAGAAUGCGAGACGACGGUGCGAAGUUUCACGCUGCGCGAACAUGCAUCAUAUGAGGACCUGUCUAUUAUAGGAAAUGGUGCUUAUGGCACAGUGUACAAAGCUAAAGAUAAGACUAGCGGUCAAAUCGUAGCGCUUAAGAAAGUCAGGAUACCUUUGACGGAAGAUGGUUUGCCUAUGUCCACGCUAAGAGAGAUUGCGGCUCUGAAAUCACUCGAACGAUAUGAACAUCCACAUAUUGUCAGAUUACUCGAUGUCUGUCAAGGAGAUUAUCUUCAUUUACCAUCAGGUGAUGGCGCACAAUCGGAAAGAUUGGAUCGUGGUCUCACUCUCUGGUUGGUGUUCGAACAUGUGGAAAGAGAUCUCGCUUCAUACAUAGCUAAUUGUCGAAAUAGCUUUCCGCGAUCGGGAAUCCCAUCAUAUCUCGUUAGACAAAUGUCAAAAGAGAUACUCUGUGGCGUAGAGUUCCUACAUAGCCAUAGAAUAAUACACAGGGACUUGAAGCCGCAGAAUCUUUUAGUAACGCGCGAAGGCAGAAUCAAGAUCGCAGAUUUUGGUCUGGCCAAAACAUACGACUUCGAAAUGAGAUUAACUUCCGUGGUUGUAACUCAGUGGUAUCGAGCACCCGAAGUACUUUUAGGAUGUUCCUAUGCUACUCCUGUUGAUGUUUGGUCUGUUGGAUGUAUAUUAGCGGAACUUUGCAAAUUGGAACCGUUAUUUCCAGGUACCAGUGAAGGUGAUCAACUGGACAGGAUUUUCCAAGUUUUAGGUACUCCGUCGCAGCAAGCGUGGCCAGAGAAUGUAUCACUCAGUUGGACAGCUUUUCCAUACAGACAACCCAAACCUCUCGGUGCAAUAAUACCAGAUCUCAAUGAACAUGGAUUAGACUUAAUAAGGAAUAUGCUCAUGUUUGAUCCUCAUAGUCGUAUAACUGCAGCUCAAGCCGUAAGACACCGAUAUUUUUCCGAGGAAAAUGUAUAAUAACUGUUCUGUAAGUUAUCUAGACUUAUUGCUGAAUUAUCAGCAAACUCAGACUGACGUAAUUAUAUUCAGAAAUAGAGAUGUACAUGACUUUUAAGCGUAUUACAGUAUUGUAUAUUACAGUACACUUGUAAAAUUACUAAUAAUUAUUAAGUAUCUAAUACGAGUAUUAAGAAUCACUUCUGCGUACAAAUGUUACAACAUUAUAAAUUCCAUUAACAUUAAAAUUAGCGUUAAAUUAGAUUUAAAUUUGUUAUGUUAAAUAGUAGUCAUUAUACAUAUAUUUCAUGUUAGUUUUAUAUAAUUGGUAUUGUGAAAUUAAGUUAUUAACACUAAAUAUAACGUAAUAUUUUUGUGAAAAA